UGCGUAGUAUUUUAUGUACAUUGUACAAAUCAUAAUUUAUAUGACAAGGAAAAAGAGGAAAAUUACAUUAAAUGAUCGCGAAGAUUAUGCUAAUAACUCUUGUGCACGGAAUGCGACAUGAUUGCGUUUUAUGCGCAAUAAUAUAUAAUAUCCAUAAUUGUUGAAGUCCAAAAUACAAAAGAAAACAUUUAUCAUCAUAUUUUUUCUAAAUUUCAAGUAAUUUUGCACAUAUACUCGAUAAAAAACGCGGGAUAAUUGACAGAAAAAGGCGCGACAUCUUGCUGUGUGAUAAAAAGAUGCUUUGUUAAGCUGCACACAAUGCAUCGGUAAAGUAGAGACUUCGUUGAUACAACGAUACAACACAGUAAUCAAAACAUCAAAACAUUACUGUUUACUCGUUUACUGGAAUAAUAAAAUCCUAAUAGAAAGAUUUAAAAUGAUGGAAUCUCCUGGUCCGAGUUCAGCUGCUAAUAUCUGUGAAUUAUGUGACAAACGCACACGUUUGUAUACCUGUCCGCGAUGUGGCAUAGGCUAUUGUGGGACUGAGUGUUACAAAUCAGACGCACACACCGAUUGCUCCGAGAGUUUUUACAGACAAUGUAUCGAGGAUGAAUUAAAAUCUCAGGAGAAUGAUCCAGAUGCUAGACAAAAAAUGAUAGAAAUCCUCAAAAGAGUACAUGAAGCAGAUGUAGAAGAUGAUAUUUUAAAAGAUUUUGAUGAGAGCAGUAUUGAUGACAAGGACUGUCUAGAUUCAGAUGAUGAGCAAGAGCUUCUCGAUUUAGAAAGCAGAUUGCAGAAUGUUAAUUUUGAAGAUCCGAAUGAACUUUGGUCAGCCUUAUCAGAUGCAGAAAAGCAAGAAUUUGAAGCAUUAUUAAAGAACGGAGAAGCAGAAAAAUUGCUGCCAAAAUGGAUACCGUGGUGGACUCAUCAUGUUGAAAGAAAAUUAAUUCAACCCAUUGAAGAGGAUACUAUGAAUGCUUACAACGAUUUAAAAUAUCCUAUUUUAAUAGAUGUACCAUUAUUUAAUGAAUUGCAGAAAGCAUCCCCUUGUGUAUAUUUCAAUGUGACAAAUGUGAUAUACGCUUAUGCGUAUACAGCUCUCUAUUAUAUUGGAGAUUAUCUAAGUUGCGCCGAAGAUGCUGCAAAUGUCUUUUUGACUAUAUGUGCGAAUAUAAGAAACAAUGAAGUCUUCAAAGAUGUAGACUCGGCGAUUGAAUCUGUCAUAGGAAACAUCAAAAGUGUUGACUGGUUGCCUCAAAAUGAAGAAUGUUUAGCGGCGCUAAGGGAAGCGGGCACUUCAAUUUUGCAGGGACCAGGUUCUGAAAUGAAAACUCUUUAUAUAUCCGCGGCGCUCUCAGAACUUCAUAGAUUACUGACAGCAGCCAAGAAAGAAAUUUCGAUGCAUAUAAAUGUAAAGGGCAAUCAAGAAUUUACAAAAAGAUUUCCACAUAGACGUGACGGCGAAAUUAAUCUCUCGAAAAAAAAUAUACUUUUAUAUUUAAAAAAAUUAGAAUAUUAUUUAUCGUGGGUGAAAAACUAUGGAACAGAACUUGUAUAAAUACAAUUAUAAAUUAUUGUUUUAUUAUUUGCUAUAACUAUAUUGUAUUAUUUUAUUGAAACAAUAAAUAAUAAUAAAACAAUUUUCAAGU